AUGCUGGGAGGAGGAAGUCAAGGUAAGCAAGAUAAGGAGGAUGAUAUGCAAGGCGGUAGCAUCUUAGACUCUUCUCCUGAGGGUAUUUUCCAAAGACUUUUACCGAUCAUCCAGAACGUCCCAGGAGCCUAUUUCGAAAUCAGAGACUUUCUCAUAGCGCAACUAGAUCCUAAUGUUGCAGACCCCGUUUGCAAGAACACCCCCUUACACCACUAUGCCAGCGUCCGGGAUUUAGACAUUGUACGAAAGCUGGUGGCCAGGGGCGCCAAUUUGUAUUUUCGAAACAUCCAUAACGUCAGCCCCUUAGAUCUUGCAGUGAUGAAUGGCGACACAGACAUGGUGGAGGUUAUGUGCAAAGAGGCGACGGAGGUUAUGCGCACAGCGACGAAGCAAAAGCAAAAUGAUCCGAGCAAUAAUGAACUAAUUAAAAAAUUUUGCUGGGAGAAAUUAAACGCAUAUUUUGGAGACGUUGAGAGUUUUUUGAAAGGUCUGCGUGAUUCUGACAGCAUUAUUUAUGGAGAUUUUCCUCUCUGGGUCCUCACGCAGGGUAAAUGCUCGCCCGAGGGCAAAAAUCUAUGUCUCGAUAUCUACAGUGAUACGGGAGGAUACUGGUGGCUGCAAUCCUUCCUGUCCUUGCACGGCUACGGAAAAGAACGCUCAGCACUUCUGUUCAAUGGCCAGCCUAUGAUUAUAUGGUACAAUCAGGAGCGAAACAAGAUGGUAUCGGUUACAAAAACAGAGAAUACUACUUCGAUCAAUGCAGUCUUCUCCAGUAUCAAGACGACUGGUUUUGCGAACUUCAUUACAGGAAGGCGAAUUUAUUGCCUUUUCCCCUAUCUUACAUUACAACUCCAUGAGACCUAUUCAUGGGAGAAAACCAAUGUCGAGGAGAACAGUAUUCUUGCUUUUGCUGAACAUAAAUGUUUGAGUGAGGCAAGUCUGAAAAAUCAAUUCCUUGCCAAAAUGUUUGAAGAUCGUAGUGCUGGUGAUGAACAAACAUUACGUAUUGGCUUGUAUGAUGGAGAGAAUGGGUACGUUGAGAAGGCACAAAAGCAUGAAAAAGUCUUUUCUGUGUCAGAGAUGACAAAUUAA